AUGGAUUCUACUGAAUUCUACUGCUAUAAUAUUGAAGUCAUUAAAGUAGUGAUUGGAAUUGACGGAUUACCCUUAGCCAAAAGUAGUAGUAGUCAAUUAUGGCCUAUUCUUGGUUAUGUACGCCCACUAAAGAAUAAAGUUUUACCUAUUGGCAUAUAUUGGGGCUAUGAAAAACCAAAAGAUUCAAAUGAAUUUUUAAGAAAAUUUGUCAAUGAAUCCAAAAUAUUGACCAAUUGUGGUAUAACUAUUGAUGGUAUUACUAAACAAGUUCAAAUAUACGGUUUUAGUUUAGAUUCUCCAGCAAAAAGAUUUAUUUUAAAGAUAAAGGGACAUCCUGGAUAUGAUUCUUGUACCCGUUGUACAGUAGAAGAGGAGUACUUAAAAAACAGAACUUGUUUUCCUCAUUCUUUUACUAUGAUAAAACGUUCUCACAUUGAUUAUAUUAAUAGAAACUAUGAAGAACAUCAUGUUGAAAAUUCAAUUUCUAUAUUGGAAGAAUUGCCUAUUAAUAUUAUUAGCUCAUUUGGUCUCGAUUACAUGCAUUUGACUUGUCUUGGUAUUAUGCUCAAAUUAUUACAUUUAUGGGUUGACAAAGGUCCUUUAAAUGUAAGAUUACCAAGCUCAGUAUCCAAGCAAUUAUCUUCAUCACUUUUGUCAUUAAGACCCUUCAUGCCAUGUGAAUUUUUCCGAAAACCAAGAGGAUUUAAUGAUUUAAAUUGA